GAGUAUACGUUAUACUAAAUUUUCAACCGUUCUUUAUCUUUUUCAUUUUCAGCUUUGUGAUGCAAGAGAGUGACGGUUAUCUUCCCCCAAAAGAAAACAAAAUGAGACUAGUAUUUAAAUGCACCAAGAUAGUUUAUUCAUGUAAAAUUUGCUAAAGUAAGUUUUAUGAUUCAAGCAUAACAUGGAGAAGAAGUCUAUGUCUCAUGGUCACAAGUUCUCUUCAUCAAUGGGGUAUGCAAACAUGGAGAAGAAAUGGGUAUUCUCAAUACUGAUAGCAUCUCUUGUUUGCGGUUUCCUCAUCGUAACUUACUUCAACAUGAGUCUAUUAUUUUCUUCACUUCGACCACCAAUCAUUGAAACUUCCUCACAUUCCAAAGUUGACAAUCUCCCACGUUUCGCUUACCUUGUGUCGGGAUCUAAAGGAGAUCUUGAAAGCCUUUGGAGAACUCUUAGAGCAUUGUACCAUCCAAGAAACCAAUACAUUGUUCACAUGGAUCUUGAAUCACCCUUUGAAGAGAGACUAGAGCUGGCUUCUCGAGUUAGUAACGACUCUAUGUAUUCAAAGAUUGGUAAUGUUUAUAUGAUAACUAAAGCUAAUCUUGUGAGCUAUACCGGACCAACAAUGGUGGCGAAUACUCUUCAUGCUUGUGCCAUUCUUCUUAAGAGAAGCCCUGACUGGGACUGGUUUAUCAAUCUCAGUGCUUCGGAUUAUCCACUUGUGACUCAAGAUGAUUUGUUGUAUACGUUUUCAACUUUGGACCGUAACCUCAACUUUAUCGAGCUCACAGCUGACUUAGGUUGGAAAAACAAAUACCGAGCAAUGCCAUUAAUCAUUGAUCCUGCACUCUACAUGCUAAACAAAUCAAACAUUAUUUGGGUCAGGCCUGAUCGAAGUUUACCAAAUGCGUUUAAGUUACAUACCGGAUCAGCUUGGAUGGUUCUCUCGCGCCCAUUCGUGGAGUAUAUCAUUUGGGGUUGGGACAACUUACCAAGAACUUUACUCAUGUAUUACACAAACUUUGUUUCUUCUCCUGAAUUUUACUUCCACACAAUCAUAUGUAACGUGCCUGAGUUCUCCAAAACCGCGUUGAACCAUGAUCUUCACUACAUUGCGUGGCACAGACCGCCGAGGCAGCAUCCUCGCUUGUUGUCCUUAACAAACAUGAGACCGAUGAUUGCGAGCGGUGCUGCAUUUGCUCGAAAAUUCAGUAGAAACGACAGUGCUUUGGAUAGGAUUGAUAAGGAACUGCUUAUGCGUACGAACCAAGAGGGUUUCACUCCUGGUGGGUGGUGCGGUGGGAAACCUGAGUGCUCGGUUGUGGAAGACGUGGCUAGGAUUAAUCCUGGAUCAGGAGCAGAGAGGCUCAAGGGGCUUGUAGAUAGGUUAGUUUCAGAAGCUAAAUCAGGAAAAAGUUGUGGGAACGUUAAUUUACUACAAUGGGACAAAGGAUAUUUGUAAAAAUAAUAAGAAUAUAAAUUUAAAUUACUAUACUGAAAUAAAUUGAUAAAGAUGAAUUGCAGAGUCGAGAUAAUAAAUCUUUAAAUCUUUAAA